AACUGGCCCAGCAGUGGUAAAUGCUUUCUACAACCCUGGCACCAACGACAUUUUGUUCCCGGCUGCGGUUCUUCAAUCACCAUUCUACAAGUACGGUCUACCGCUGUCACUGAACAUGGGAGCAAUUGGAAUGGCCAUUGGCCACGAAGUCACCCACGCUUUUGAUGAUACUGGCAGUCAAUUCAACGCUGAAGGACAGUUACACAAUUGGUGGACCAAUAAGACCAGAAAGGCGUAUACAAAUCUCACGGAAUGUUUCGUACAGCAAUACGGAAGCAUCAAUGACAGUGAAACGUCUCUUCCGCUAAACGGCAUUAACAGUCAAGGAGAAAACAUUGCAGAUAAUGGUGGACUACUUGGAGCAUAUCUUGCCUAUAAAACUCUCGCCAAAAACAGCACAAAAUAUCCAGAUUUAGCUCUUCCUGGCCUCGAACAUAUCAGUAAUGACCAAAUGCUUUUCAUCUCAAACGCCGUGGUAUGGUGUACCAACAUACGCGAGGAAGAACUGCGACAAAUGAUUCAGUACGACGAACACUCCCCGCCCAAAUACAGGUAA